AUGAUCAUCGAUGGAUCAACACUGGAGGGCGGCGGCCAGAUCCUUCGCAACUGCGUCGCCUUUGCGGCCAUUCUCAACAUUCCACUCCACAUUACCAACAUCCGAGGUAACAGGGCCAAGCCGGGCCUCCAGCGGCAGCACUUGGCCGGCCUAAAGCUCGCAGUGGAGCUGUGCAAUGCGCGAGCCACGGGGCUGGAGCGAGACUCCACUCAAGUGACAAUCGUCCCCGGCAGCGAGAUCAAACACGGCCAGUUCACGGCGGACGUGGAGAGCGCGGGGGCUUGCACGCUGCUCGCUCAGAUCAGUCUCCCCAUCGCCCUCUUUGGAUCCGGCAGCUCCACCUUCGUCCUCAAGGGUGGCACCAACGUCCCACUCUCGCCACCUUUCGAGUACCUCAAGCGCGUCUUCCUGCCAGCCCUAGCGAGGUUUGGCGUCCCCGAGGGCGCCGUGGAGGUGUGCGAGGAGAGGCAGGGGUUCAUGCCGGGUGGUGGUGGUGAAGUUAGGGUCAGGAUUGAGCCCCUGACGAGGCCACUGGUGGGUGCGUGCCUGGACGAGCGCGGGGACGUCACGAAGUGUACGGCGUACGUGUCCGGGGUGUGUACGGCCGCGUUCGAGGCCGAGGUGGCGAAGGAGAUUCAGGACUGCCGGAAGUUGGCGGUGGCGAUGGAGAGCGAGUUUAGGGUCAGGAGAGUGCAUCGCGAGAGCAAGUGCCAAAUGCAGGUGGUGCUUGUGGCAGAGACGAGCAAUGGGCACCGGAUUGGAGCGUCGGCGGUGACGGGCGGGAAGCGGAGCUCCGGGAAGGGACUGGUGGCGGCGGCGGUGGCGAAGAUGGUGGAGCAGCUCGAGGGGGAGGUCUGUGUGGACGAGUAUCUGCAGGAUCAAGUGGUGAUCUUCAUGGCGCUGGCGAGAGGGAGGUCGAGGAUGAAGUGUGGAGAGAUCACGCUCCACACGAGGACGGCCAUCCAUUUUGCAAGCCUUUUGAGUAGGGCGGUGUUUGAGAUCCAAGAAGUUGGAGGAGGAACCAACAUUGUCUCUUGCGAUGGCAUAUCAUGUUUAUAA